AUGGAAAACCAGAAAACACCUCAUUGCUCUUCCGAACAUUUAAAAUCACCAGCUAAAGGCAUCUUGCAAAAGUCGCACGACUAUGAACAGCACGAAACGCCCGAGCACAAGAUAAAAUGGGACGAAAACAAACUCAAGGCAACUGAGAAGCAACAAAAAGAGCAAGUCUUGAUGAAAGUAGAUGAGCCUAAUACGCCCUACAUCAGGUAUGAUCCUGUAGCGGAUAAAGUGACUAAUUGGGAAGCUCUGCCUGAGAGUCUGAGAGCCGCACAUGAAGAGCCUGAAGAUUUUAUGUUAGAUGGUGGUGGCGUUGAUAAAGCGCCAGACACACCCAGAAAAUCAGGCAUUGCAUUUGCAAAUGAACCAGACGAAUGGCAAAAAAUCGAUGAAAAGGAGAAGAGAGACAAGGAACAAGCAGCUCGAAAACGCCAUGAAGAAUUCGAGAGGAAAAGAGCUCAGCAUUACUACCAUGCUGGCGAUGUGUUACAUAAAAAUUUGCAAGAGGAUGAGGACGAUAGCGUUGCUGAUAACAAGACGUCGAAUUGCUAA